AUGUCGGGCAUCUCAUGGGACUCGCUGCUGUUUCCUUUGCCCCCCCGCGCCUUGCCGGAUGUGCUGCGGGUGCUGCGGCUUGUGGACGUGUCGCUUGCGCUACCGUUCCUGCGAGAAGCCUUGCGCAAGCUGCAGAUCGAGGCGGCAGACGCGACCAUACGAAAUGUCCUCUGCAAGAUAGCCAGCGCUGCGCCUCACGCUGAGCUGAAGCACGUGCAGUCGAUGUGCUGCGACGAGCCUACUGUUUUGCUUUCUGAGGCGAGGCAGUCUUGCCCGGAGUGCCGCGCGCGCUUGCGCCAGGAGGACUGA